CGAAAAGCAGGGAAAAAGAAUUCUCCAUUUCCCCACUCGCCCUCGCUCCCUCCCUCUCCCGCUCCCGCUCGCCAGUGGGAGUGUGCGGGGCUAGCAGCUAGGGUUUCCGCGAGCACACCGCCGGCCAGCCGCGGGCGAUCUCGGGUUCGCGGGGGCGCCCGCCCCGACUCGGGUUCGCGGGGGCGCGGACAUGAAGUCGUCGCUGCGGAAGCUGCGGGGCUUCGCGCUGCAGCGCCACGAGCAGCGGGUGGACCGGGACCGCGGCCGCGGCCACUCCACCACGGCGGCGGAGGAGCUCCUCGCUGCUGCCCAGGAUAUGACAGAUAUGAGGAGCUGUUACGAUAACUUGCUUUCUGUUGCUGCAGCAAUUGCAAAUAGUGCAUACGAGUUCUCUGAAGCACUUCAAGACAUGGGGGCUUGUUUGCUUAAAAGAAUUACACCAAAUAAAGAUGGAAUCAAUGAUAAAGUUUUGCUGUUGCUUGGGAAAUCACAAUUUGAACUUCGGAAACUUGUAGAUAGUUAUCGUGUGCAUGUUCUUAAUACGAUCACCACUCCAUCACUGUCGCUUCUUAAUGAGCUUCAAACCGUGGAGGAAAUGAAGCGCCAAUGUGAUGAAAAAAGAGAAUUGUACGAAUUCAUGCUAAAUGCUCAGAAAGAAAAGGGAAGAUCUAAGAAUGCUAAAGGUGAUAAUGUAGCAUCAGAACAAUUGAAACAAGCUCAGGAAGAUUAUCAAGAGGAAGCGACUCUUUUCCUAUUCCGGUUGAAGUCAUUGAAGCAAGGACAGUUCCGAAGUCUUUUCACACAAGCUGCUCGGCAUCAUGCUGCACAGCUAAAUUUGUUCAGAAAGGGGGUCAAGUCCCUUGAGGCUGUAGAGCCACAUGUUAGGCUCGCUGCUGAGCAGCAACACAUUGAUCAUCAGUUUAGCGCACUUGAGGAAGAGGAUUAUGUUGUUGAGGAUGAGAAUGAUGACGAGUACAACGACAGUCAUGAUGGAGAGUUGUCUUUUGAUUAUGGAGAAAAUAAGGAAACUGAGAAAUCUGGUAUCGCUUCUAGGAAUCAUACAGAGGAUUUUUUUAACAGCAGCAAAGAAGAUUAUUCUUCUGUUCCACAUGAAAGACAGAGAAUUGAAAGUCAGUCAGCACCGCUUUUUCCUGGGAAAAAGGUCAAUACAGAAGAGAGAAUAAAAGAUUUGCGGCGUUCUGCGACAAGGAAGUUAAAUACUUAUGUUUUGCCUACCCCAAAUGAUGUUCGAGCUACUUCUCAGAUAGCAUCAGGAAAUCCUAUUUCUGGACCUCUCGAGAGCAAAGGUGCCUUCCAUUCAUCUCCACUCCACCCUUCUGCAGACAUAAGAGAUUUGAGAGACAAUAAACUACCUAGUCCUGCAAGAUUGUCUAAUGUACAGUCUGUGCUGAAAGAGAGCAAUACCAAUACAGCAGAAACAAGGAAAGUACUCCCAGUGGGUGAUCUCGCUUUACCUGGCUAUUAUGACCUGAAGACUCUCGACAACAACAAAGUGAAAAGAGGGUCAUUUUCUGGCCCAAUAGCUUCUAGACCACGGCCAACAGAGAACAAUGAUGUUAUUUCUGCAGCACCCAGGCAUAGCUCUGCACAUCAGCCAGUGCACAUGAGAGUAUCCCCCGGCAACUCGCCGCCACCCAUUUCCUCACCGAAGAUCAAGGAGCUUCAUGAGCUUCCUCGACCGCCUGUUAAUACAUCAAAAAACACAACAUUUCCCAGUUUGGUUGCCCACUCGGCCCCAUUGGUAGCAAAUCCUGCAUCUCUGACACCCAAAGUUCAAGACCAUUUUAGGGCAAGACAAAUGCUUCCCAGUACUGCUUCACCUUUACCAACUCCACCGCCUGGAUCCAUAUCCCGCAGUUUUUCUAUACCUUCUAGGGGGAGAACAGGUUCAGACGGUAAGGAGAUAGAAGAUCAGCAAGACAAGGGAGCUGCCAGAAUGAGCCUUUCUUCUCUUCCUUCAGCUCAAACAUUGUUGGAAGAUCGUCAGCCAUUGUCAGCAGCUGCUGGAUCGGUUAGCAAAACAUAGGAGUAUUCACUGCGAAGGUGGAUUACUAUCAUUAUCAAGCGGCUUGCUGAGCCCUUCCUGGAAGAAUGCUGUACAUAUUAGCAUGUGAGCCCUGGCCAGUAUCGCGGAAGUAGUAGGUUGUUUCUCGUGCCCUUUGGCUAAGGUGUAGUCUGCAGAUAGUGGGUUUGCGGAAAUAAAU